GAGAGUUACCAAAGAAUCAUAUUCAUAUGAUAUAUAGUAUAACUCAACAUAAAUAAUAUAUAUAGUGCCAAAAUCCGUUAUAUGAUGGGAAGUGAAAGUAGUGUAAAUCUUCCUCCUGGGUUUUACUUUUCUCCAACAGAUGAAGAAUUAAUCCUUCACUUUCUAUAUUCCAAGGCUUCUUUACCAUAUCAUCCUAACAUCAUACCUCAACUUCACUUGUCUCAACAUCAUCCUUGGGAACUAUACGGUAAAUCGUUGUCGAGUGGAAAUCAGCACUACUUUUUCACCGAAGUGAAGGAAAAUAGAAGCACUGAAAAUGGAUAUUGGAAGGAAAUUGGGGUCACAAAACCUAUAAAUAAUUUGGGAAUGAAGAAGUACCUUGUGUUCAUCCUUGGAGAAGGAACUGAAACCAAUUGGGUAAUGGAAGAGUAUCAUAUUUCCUCAUAUGAAUCUAGGAGAAGUCAAAAUCAGGAUGAGAGUUGGAGCAAAUGGGUUUUAUGCAAAGUUUAUGAAAAGAAUGUGUCACAAGAAGGUGCAAGUUAUAGUGAUGAGGAUAUUGAUGAUAAUGGAACAGAGGUAUCAUGGCUAGAUGAAGUUUUUAUGUCCUUGGAUGAUGAUGAUCUUGAUCAAACAAGCCUACCUAAUUAUUAGUAAUUAAAUAUUAAUUUGCUUCAAUAUAUUGUGCAUAUACUUGGUGUCAAUUAGGAUGUUUGUACUUAAGGAGUUAAGAGGUUUGAAUUUCUAGAAAUUUAGUAAUAUGCUUUUGGAAGAAAAAUCAGAUCUUGAGUAAUAAUAUAUGUAUUUAUUUUUUUUUUGUACCAAUAAUAAUAAUAUAUGUAUAAAUUUAUAGAAAUCAA